CUUUUCCCUCCGCCAUUUAAAGUCUUUUUAAAUAAAAUAUAUGUAUAUAUAUAGACUAGGGUUUCUGAUACUUUAACCAUCGGAUUCAAGACUUUUAAACUGGGGACUGCAUUUGGUUUAUUGGGUGAGGAGUAAAGAUUAGAUCUAGAUCUUCUUUCGUUGCAUGCUUUUGUUUUGAGGUCAUCUAAUUGAACCACUCAUCACAAUGGCCGCUACUUCUUACCCUGGACCCGUUCAGGUUGGUUCAUACUUCGUUGGACAAUACUAUCUGGUACUUCAGCAGCAACCUGAUCUAGUUCAUCAGUUUUACUCAGAGAACAGUACCGUGGUUCGGGUUGAUGGCGAUUCCUCCGAAUCUGCUUCUUCCAUGCUGCAAAUUCAUACCUUGGUCACUUCACUAACUUUUACUGCAAUCGAGAUCAAGACGAUUAAUUCUCUUGAUUCCUGGAAUGGAGGUGUUCUGGUGAUGGUUUCUGGUUCUGUUAAAAUCAAGGAUUUCAGUGGGAGAAGGAAAUUUGUGCAAACCUUUUUCCUCGCCCCUCAAGAGAAGGGUUACUUUGUUCUUAGUGAUAUAUUACAGUUUAUUGAUGAUGAAAUGACUUCAAAACAUCCAGCCUCCUCAUUACAAGAAAACAAGCAUGAUUCUCAACUAAAUCUAUCAAGCACUGCUGCAGAGCCACCCUUUUCUGACUAUGUUUUGGAGGAAGAGGCCAGGGAGUAUGUCAACUCUGUUCAUAUAGAUGAUGAUCCAGUUGAUGAAUAUAGUCUUCCUGAGCAACCGCAGGAAGAAGAUUUUGAAGCUGAAGUUGUGGAAGAGGAAGCUCCUGCUACCCAUCACAGUGUGGUGAGCACUGUGCAAGAGACCCCAGCUAUGCCUUUGGAGGAGCCUGUUGGAGAGGCUCCAAGAAAAACAUAUGCCUCUAUUUUGCGUGUUCCAAAGGAGCAAUCCAUUUCAUCUGUUCAACCUCGACCAUCUUAUAAUAAGACUCCCCGGAGUACUUCAGAUUGGGAACAUAUACCAGAGCCUGCUAGUCAACAGUCACAUCAUGCUUGGGCAGAUGUGCGUGAAUCUACAGCAGAGAAAGCUGUGGAGGAAGGCUUGGUUUCUGAAGAAGAUGAAUAUACUGGUGAAUACAAAUCUGUCUAUGUGAGAAAUUUGCCCUCUACUGUUACUGCUACUGAAAUUGAGCAGGAGUUCAAGAAUUUUGGCAGAAUCAAGCUUGAUGGUGUGUUUAUCCGGAACCGCAAGGAUGUUGUUGGUGUUUGCUAUGCUUUUGUUGAGUUUGAAGACAUUUGUGCUGUUCAGAAUGCAAUCAAGGCAUCUCCUAUACCAUUGGGGGGAAGACAAGUCUACAUUGAGGAGCGCAGACCAAAUAGCAGCAGUAUACGUGGAGGAAGAAGGGGAAGAGGUAGAGGCAGUUAUACACCCGAGGCCUCGAGAGGUCGCUUUGGUUCUCGUAGCUCGGGUAGGGGAAACAAUCAAGAAUCUGGCGACUACAGAUCAAGAGGCAACGGUUUGUAUCAGCGAGGUUCUAGGUGAAGUUUUCAAUUUCAACUUCUUGCAUGAAUCUUGGGGGGUGAUUUCUAAUUAGACAUUUCCCAUCAGUGGCUUCAGAAAAUAUGCUUGUACUUCCAGUUUUUUUUUUUUUGCCAGUGUUAUUUCUCAUAAAAGAAUUGUUUGAUGGGUGUAUGGUUUUCUCCUCUUGAAUGCUUUUUAUUAUGCAGUUCAAUUGGAACAUCCUUUUUUAUAUUUUUGAGCUGUUCUAUGCACAACUAGAUUUGUCACACCUAUAUUUUUGAGUGAAAAGAAGUUACAUUUUUAAGU